UCAGCGGGGGGGCAAUUGACUAACCCGGUCAUCUGGGGGGAGGGUUGAUUGGACGUUGGGGGUGUUGGCUUGAACUGUGUGGAACCCCUUCAACCCAGGGCCCGUUUAGGCCUUCUGCUAAGGGCGGCCUUUGCCUUUAUUGUCGGGCCUGUAGGGCCUAACCCCCCACACACACCCAUUUUGGGGGCCUGCAUUGACUAGGCCUCCCUGGUGGGCUCGUGGGCCUCCCCUGCCGGGCCUAAGCUCCAUUUGGGGGCCUUUCAGUGGGGCUGGGCCUUACCACGGCUAGGUGGGGCAGGCGCUGUGACUCAUAGGCCUUCCUUGCCAGCGUAGGCCUCAGUCAGGCCUUGCGCCGGCCAGGUCACUCGUUUACGCACUUGAGGGCAGGGUACAGGCCCAUAAGCUUCAUCCUUUGGGACAUGGGCCCUAAGAAAGCCCCAGUUAAGAAAGCCCCAGUUAAAAAGGGUGGGAAGGCUCCAGCCAAGAAGGGUGGCAAGCCAACGCGGCCACCUAAGAGGCCAAACGCACCCGCCGAAUCCUCCUCCGACGAUGAGGGCGAUUUGGAACUGGGCGCCAUCAGGGCGUUUAUAGCACGGCUGCAGGCCCUUGAGAGGCAGCGCACCACUCUAGAGGGCGACGAGGCAGGCGGGGGGCCUUCGGGGGUGCCCCCACAUGCAAAAAAGUCAAACAGGGCGGAAAAGAAGGCAAAACUAAUGCAGGGCUUUGCUGACCGUCUAGCAGCUUUGGAGGCGGCGGCGGGAACUGCCCACGAGGAACCAGCGGGGAUCACGACACAACCGGCGGACUCAGGACCGGGAGACGGCAGGGACGACAAUGAUGCAGCGCUUCCGGAAGCUGGCACCUGGAGCCGCCAAGGAGCCCGAGCAGGUGCCCGAAUGGUUGUGGAACCUUGGGAUGUAGAGGCGUUUAGGGCCAUCCAAGCCUCCAUAGCGCCCAGGACACGGGUUGCCUACGACAAAAGGGUCAGGGCCUUUCUGCAGUUUAGAGCUCAGGUAGGAUUGGUCCAUGUGUGGCCUGUGCCGCCGGAACAGCUGAUGCAGUACCUGGUGCACCUCCGUGCCCAGGGGCUGGCGGUGAGCACCAUGGCCGGCCAUUUGGCUGCGCUGGCUUUCUUUGGGAAAGCAAGGGGCCUCCCCGACCAUUCUGGGGACUUCAGGGUCCGGCGCAUGCUGGAGGGCUGGGCGAGGGAGACGCCCGUGCAACCUGACCGACGUAGGCCGGUCACCCCAGAGGCGCUGCAGCUGGCACUGCGGCAACUUGCCGGGGUUUGUGCGUCUCCUUAUGAGGAGGUCCUGUUCAGGGCGGCAGCCUUGGUUGCUUUCUUCGGGGCCUUUAGGGUUGGAGAGAUGUUCCCCAGGAGCAGGCGCGGCCCCACGAGUAGGGUACUUCAAUUCAGUGACCUCACCGUGGGUGCUUCCCGGGUGGUACUGCACCUUAGGUUUUCAAAAACAGAUCAGAGAGGCAAGGGGCAGAGUGUUGCGCUGCAUGCCGCUGGCGACCCGGGCUUGUGCCCAGUCCGUGCACUGGAGGACUACACGGAGGCCAGGGGUUCAGCUAUGGGGUGCCUCUUUAUCCACGCUAAUGGGCGCCACGUGACCCAAUUCCAGUUUUGGGCGGUGAUGAGGAGAGCCUUUGUGGCGGCGGGGGUGCCUACCCAGGAUCUGGCCCCCCACUCCUUUCGGAUUGGGGCGGCUUCCAUGGCUGCUCGGAUGGGUUAUUCGGGCCCGGAAAUCCGGCGGCUGGGCAGGUGGCGGUCAGCGGCUUACCGCCGAUACGUGCGGUAGAUGGGCGCAUAAAUUCUGCCCCACCCCACCCCCACCCACGAACCAUUUAUUUGUGCCACUCCUAACGCUUUCUCCUCUUGCGCAGAGCCUCAGGCGGCUGGGCCGAGGGCGGCCGGGCAGCGCGCAAGAGUCCUCAUACUGGGCCAUUCCUUCAUUUUCUGGGCACGCAAGUGGGCGCAGAGCGCCGACCCUGGAACCCAGCUUGGUUUGGGGCGUUGGGCCACUGUGGAGUGGCUUGGCCGGCGGGGCAUGCGGAGGGCCCAGUUCCUGCCGAUGCUGCACGAGUUCCUGGAAGGGAAUCCUGUCCCGGAUGUCCUGCUGCUGCAUUUUGGAGGCAACGACCUGGUGGACCAGUCUGGCAUUUCGCUCUCAAGACAGAUUGCCCAGGACCUGGUGGUCGCCCUCUCCUGGUGCCCGGGGCUGGUGGUCAUCUGGUCUGACAUCACUCAGCGGCGAGUCUGGAGGGGGGCGGUGAAGCAGAACAAGGUAGAUAGGGCUAGGCGCGGGGUGAACGCGGCCAUGGCGCGCUUCAUCGCCUCAAAGGGGGGCGGGUGCAUCCCACACAACGACAUCGCGUUCUCGCUCCCCCAGUUAUUCAGGGGUGAUGGGGUGCACUUGUCCCCCCUUGGUAUGAGGUAUUUCUUAGACGAUCUGCGGCUGGGGUUGGCAACAGUGCUGUUAGGCCUGUGGGGUGGCGGGGCGUCAAGCUAGGCUGACGCCCGCUGUGGCGGGCACAGUGCGGAGGUGAGCGGCUGAUGCGGUGCGGCACCUUAGGUAAGCUUUAGCUGUAAGGUGGAGGGGCAGAUCCCUUGAGGCUUUACAGAUCAGGGAUGCUGCCUUGCUCCCACCUCCCUGCAACCGACACCCUUCCGUAUGGCUUUACAGCGUCGGACAGGUGAUGUAAAUUGCAGGGUCCUGACCUUAGGUCGGCAAUGAAGGGCGCCCCCUUCUGGAAGGUGGGCCGCCUGGAGCCGAGGUGUCUGUGCCAUGAGAUUCUAGGGCGGGGGUGGCCACGUGGUGCCCCCCCCAUCCGAGCCCGCACUGUUGCUGCUCUGAAUGCCAACCCCAGCUGCCGUGCCUGUGCAGGCACUGUCUUAAAACCUUGUACCCCUAAUAAAGUGACCAGUUCCUCCAUAAUA